UUUCAAAAGUGUUUUUGCAUCUUUGGGAGAAGUUGACGCUAUUUAACAAACGGAAGGAAGCUCACAGGAAGAGUAAGGAGUAUUACUCCAACUUCUUAUGAAUCUCAGAGAGAAGAAAUAGAACGUUAAAUAUAAUCUUAGGGUUUUCAGAUUUUAUGGCUUCUCAUUCUCAUCUCGAAGAUGAGGAUGAUUUCGGCGGCGAGUAUCCCGGAACUCAUUCCAGACGUUCAGGGAACAAGAAGAGUUUCGGUGAUCUUGACGACGACGAAGAUGAUUUUUAUGGGUCCAAAAAGGGAAAUUCAAAAAUUGAGGAAACUGCACCUGGUGUGGCAACGGGAAUAAUUUUAUCCCUUCGCGAAAGUCUUCAAAACUGUAAGGAUACACUUGCAACGUGCCAGACGGAGCUUGAAGCAGCAAAAUCAGAGAUUCAAAAAUGGCAUUGUGCAUUUCAAAACCAGCCUGCUAUUCCAGUUGGAACAUCUCCAGAGCCUGGAUUAGUGGUUAGCUAUCUCCAUACCUUGAAAGCCUCUGAAGAGUUGUUGAAGGAACAGCUUGAGAAGGCAAAGAAAAAGGAAGCUGUGUUCAUUGUAACUUUUUCAAAACGUGAGCAGGAGAUAGCGGAAUUGAAGUAUGCAGUUCGUGAUCUGAGGGUACAGUUGAAGCCACCAUCAAUGCAGGCAAGGAGAUUGUUACUUGACCCAGCAAUACAUGAGGAGUUUACACGUUUAAAGAAUUUGGUCGAGGAGAAGGAGAAGAAAGUGAAAGAGUUGCAGGAUAAUGUUGCUGCUGUAAAUUUUACGCGACAAAGUAAGAUGGGGAAGAUGCUGAUGGCCAAAUGUAGGACCCUGCAGGAGGAGAAUGAGGACAUUGGAAUGAUGGGUUCUGAAGGAAAGAUCCAUGAGUUAGCAACGAAACUUGCUUUGCAGAAAUCCCAAAAUGCAGAACUCCGAAGCCAAUUUGAAGGAUUAUAUAAACAGAUGGAAGGAUUGACAAAUAACGUGGAUAAAUCCAAUGAAAUGGUGCUUAUUUUACAACAAAAACUAGAAGAGAAGGAUUCUGAACUUCGAAGACUGAGAGACAAAACUGUAACGGAAAGAACCAACAGCAGAGGAUAAUGUUGACUCUGCUGGUGAUAAGAAUACGAGCAAUGUCAAUUUGGGCUAAGCUGGAAAUUGAAAUUUGCACGUAGCAAUAGAAAUUGAUCGGUUUUGUUCUUCUCUGCAUGUUUUAUGUAUGUACAUUUGAAAUGUAGGGUAGAUUGUGCCCCAUGAACUUCUUUAUAUGCAUUUUUUUAGAA